AUGGCGCUGGAAAGACCAGCUCAGGAGAGCAUGUCUGCUUCUCUGGUGGCAGCAGAGAGCGACGAGGAGAUGGACGUUGAUGCCAACCUCUGCUGUCCGACGGCACUGAGUGCCGUCCUCUCCUGUGUGUGUUUUCCUUGCUGGCUCUGCUCUGGGAACAUCUUUGAUCAGAAUGAACGCGCGGCCGUUCUGGUCUGGGGAAAAUAUGUCGGGAGCAUCAACGAGCCCGGUAUCCACUUUGUCAACCCCUGUGGUGUGGCAAUUCGAAAGAUCAGCACCGCCCGGAAGACCUUGGACAUCCGUGAAGUAGGAGUGACAGACAAGGAUGGCAACCCCAUCUACAUCAGUGGCAACGUCGCCUACAAGAUCCUUUCUGCGAAGAAGGCCACUGUGGACACGGCUUCGCCAGAGAAGUAUACGGAUGAAAUGGCACCCAUGGCUCUUCGCACGGUUGCUUCCAAGAGUCACUACAACGACCUUCGAGGUGAGUCUACCAGCCAGAUGCUGGCCGAGGAGCUGCAGAAGCUCGUGACCAGUGCGGGCGUGCAGAUACAGAGGUUCCAGCUAACCGACUUGAAGUACGACAAGCAGAUCGCUUCAGCGAUGCUGGCGCGGCAACAAGCCACGGCACAGGUUGAUGCGAAGCGUACCUUGGUACAUGGUGCUGCCGAAACGGCCUCGAGCACGGUGAUGCGUUUGAAACAGCUCGGCCACACCUUCAGCAGCGAGAAUGAGCAACGUCUCAUCCACGAUCUGCUUCUCAAGAACCUGGCCCAGUUUGUCUCCAAAGUCGAGAUCGGCUGUCAUGGCGGUGAGGCCAGCUCAGGCGCAAAUGUCUGCUGCCCUGGUGGACGCUGGCUUUACAUAGAAGCGCAAUCAGAGAGCGACGACGAGAUGGACGUUGAUGCCAACCUCUGCUGUCCGGAUGCACUGAGCGCAGUCCUCUCCUGUAUGUGUCUUCCAGCCUGGCUCUGCUCUUUGAGAGUCUUCGAUCAGAAUGAGCGCGCAGCCGUUCUGGUCUGGGGAAAGUAUGUCGGGAGCAUCAACGAGCCCGGCAUCCACAUCGUGAACCCCUGCGGCGUGGUAACUCGGAAGAUCAGCAUCGCCCGGAAGACCUUGGACAUCCGUGAAGUAGGCGUGACGGACAAGGAUGGCAACCCCAUCUACAUCAGUGGCAAUGUGGCAUACAAGAUUAUCUCUGCGAAGAAGGCCACGGUGGACACGGCCUCGCCAGAGAAAUAUACAUUUGAGAUGGCGCCCAUGGCCCUUCGCACGGUGGCUGCCAAGAGUCACUACAACGACCUGCGGGGCGAGUCUAUCAGCCAGAUGCUGGCCGAGGAGCUGCAGAAGCUCGUGACCAGUGCGGGCGUGCAGAUACAGAGGUUCCAGCUAACGGACUUGAAGUACGACAAGCAGAUCGCAUCAGCGAUGUUGGCGCGGCAACAAGCCACGGCACAGGUUGAUGCGAAGCGCACCUUGGUACAUGGUGCUGCUGAAACGGCCUCGAGCACGGUGAUGCGUUUGAAGCAGCUCGGCCACACCUUCAGCAGCGAGAAUGAGCAGCGUCUCAUCCAUGAUCUGCUGCUCAAGAACCUGGACCCGGACUUUAAAUCGCGGUCAACAAUGUACACGCAGCAAGCCUAG